UUGUGCGUGGGUACUUUUGGUGAUGGGCUACCUGAUUGCCUGUUGGUUUCAUAAUGCUUCGCUUGAAUUAUAUACUCAAAAAAUUGCAUUCAUGUAGGAUAUCAUACUAGUUGAAAAUGUUGUGUUAGUGGCUUGUCAUGUUUCUGAGUGUUUUUAUUGUGACCAAGACCUUUCCUUUCUGGCAUUGUCAACAGAACCUCGUGAAGAUAUUCUCGGCGGCUGUGGGAAGUGUUAAGAAUAUCCGUACCUGUCCGCCUCAGGCACCAAACAACGGGGCAUCUCCAGCAUCUAGAUCAGCAAAGGCGGAUAUGCCCUUUUUAGCAAUAAGCUACAUGCAUUUGUGGAAUACGAAUCUAUGGAGCAUGCAGAGAAAGCGGUAAUCAGCAGGUGAGGGUGCAAGGACGAGUUCUGGUCAUCAACAAAGAGUGAGCAAGCUGCUGGUGUUGGGAAUGGGAUGAGCAUAGCAUAGCAUAGGAAAAGCCACCUCCUCGUCCUCCUCCUCCAGGGCCUCGCAUGCCGGAUGGGACUAGUAGAGGGUUCUCCAUGGGCAGAGGGAGGGAAGAAGCCCAUUUCCAUCAAUAUUGCCUAAUGGCUGGCUGGAUGGCUGGCUGGCUGAGACAUACAAGUACUGUAUGUCUGUUGUAGUUACUAGUUAGUGUGGGUCAGUCAGUCUUCUUCUUCUGUUUGUUUUUAUUAUUAUUAUUGAUAAAUAAAGAAGCAACAAGCUUUGCUAUUUUUUUCUCCUUUUCUUCAAACAUUAUUAUUAUUAUUAUUUAUUAUUUAUGUGUAGGGCUAUCUAUCACCAUUUCCCCCACUUCAAAUUUAAAUUUCCUGUAACUCAAAUUAAUAUUGAGUUCAUUCAUUUUGGGGGGCCGGUUUUAAUGAAGUGUGAAAAUAACUCAUUAAUUAUUUAUUCAAAAUGCAAAAUUAAAUUAAUAACCAUUUAUCUCAACUUCUUUGUAAAUUCCGGUUUCCCAAAAAUAUAUAUAAAAUUAAUUACCGUCUGUGUAAUAUGUAUUUCCGCCACAUCCAAAAACUU